UUGCGAUUCAUUACGAUGUAGGUACCAGCAACGUCCGAGAAGGGCAAGAUGAAUGGACCUGAGCUCGCCAAUAAUACAAAGUGAAGCUCAUAUGUUUCAGGACCGCCGGAUCGCCAAAGAAGAAGAGACGAGGUGCGGGUACGCCGAGGAACGAGGAACGAGGUCCGCGGUGGAAGACCUGGGGUCGCAAGUUAACUCAUGCUCAAGCACCAAGUCGUGCCAGCACUCUGAAGCUCAUUCUUGCUGCAUGCCCUUGUCAUCCGGAGAGUACGGGCCAGAGCGCAAGCGUCGUCCUGCUGAAGCACAAAAGUCGCUGGAUCAAGCCCAAUGUGUUUUGCUGACUCGAAAGAGUUAAAAGGCCAGCGCAGGACCCCUUCUCGUUUCUUGUUUCAUCGACAUACCCAUCACUUGCUCGAAGUUGCCUUCGCCAUGCUCAGACUCUCAUUUUCCCUCCUUCUCACCGUCUUAGCGGCCCUCAGCAGCACCUGCUCUGCCUUCACUCUUAACUUCGUAAAUCGCUGCCCCCAACCCCUCCUUGUAGGCGUAGCCCGCGCUCCCAAUGGCCAGCCAGACCCCAACUACCACGAGGCGCGCGAGCUCGGCGCGAAUGGGGGAACAGGGUCAGUGGGUGUCGACGACCAUUUGACGGGCGUGCGAGCUUGGCCCAGGACGGGCUGCAAGGCUGAUGGAACGGGCUGCCAGACGGGCGGAUGCGUCGGAGGGAGGCUGUGCACUGAUGGUGGCCUGCAAGCUGCCGUGCAAUACGCCGAAUUUGGGUACGGCGACUUCGGCACCCAGUAUGGCGGCGAACGCAUCGCCUGGGACCUCUCACACGUCGACUCGAGCAUCAAUGUCGGCCAGUCCAUCACAGACAACAAAGGACAGACGGUCGUCUGCAAGUCCGUGUCUUGCGACCCAAGUCAGAGCUACAAUCAGCCCUAUGACUCUGAGGCUGACCGGAAUAGCCCGCUUGGGACGACCUUUACGAUCACCUACUGCCCGUGAGCACGCGGGCGACGACGAUGUGUUAAAAUUACGAUUUAUUUAUUCG